UCUGUUUUCACCUUGGUUUGCAUUCUCAUCCUUCAUUUUUCAGCAACAAUUGCUGGUCAUUUUACAAAUCAAAAUGAUUUAGAAACUUACAUUGUGCAUCUUGAGUUUCCUGAUGAUAUUUUUUUCUCUGAUUCAGACGAUUUAUAUCUCUGGCAUCAGUCAUUUUUGCCUACAACUUCAACAAAUUCUGAACACUCGUCGCGCAUUAUAUAUUCUUAUCGUCAUGUGUUUAACGGUUUUGCUGCUCUGUUGUCAGCAGAUGAAGUGAAGAUGAUGGAAAAGAAACCAGGUUUUGUAUCUGCGCGUCCCCAACGGGUACUGCAGAUGCAUACCACACACAGUCCAGAUUUCCUUGGCCUGCACCAGAAUGUUAGCUUGUGGAAUGCCUCGAAUUCUGGUAAAGGUGUGAUUAUUGGUUUGCUAGAUUCUGGAAUAGCUCCACGACACCCUUCGUUUAAUGACAACGGAAUGCCUCCUCCCCCUUCCAAAUGGAAAGGCAAAUGUGAGUUCAAUCUCACAGUCUGUAACAACAAGCUUAUUGGAGCACGGAAUUUUGCGCGGUCAAUCAAUCUGUCACCUUUCGACGAGGAGGGACAUGGGACACAUACUUCAAGCACAGCCGCUGGGAAUUUUGUGGAGGGUGCCAAUUUGCUUGGUAGUGCUAAUGGCACUGCUUCUGGCAUUGCGCCCCGUGCUCAUGUGGCUAUGUACAAAGUCUGUACCAGCGAUGGAUGUCAAGAAUCUGAUAUCGUUGCUGGUAUUGAUGCAGCCAUUGGAGAUGGUGUGGAUGUGCUUUCCAUUUCCCUUGGAGCAGCACCUGUACCUUUUUAUGAAGAUAACAUAGCAAUUGGAGCAUAUAGCGCAAUUGAGAAGGGGAUUUUUGUAAGUUGUUCGGCAGGAAAUAGCGGACCAUUUAAUGCUACUGUAUCAAAUUCAGCCCCCUGGUUGCUAACUGUUGGUGCUAGCACAACAGAUAGAAAGAUAAGUGCAGUAGCUGUUUUGGGCAAUGGACAACAAUAUGAGGGUGAAUCAGUAUUUCAACCAAGAAACUUCUCACGAAAAUUAUUGCCGCUCAUAGAUGGCGGUAGUUGUGAAUUACUGGCCCCAUUUGAUGUCAAGGGUAAAAUAGUGUUGUGUGAUACCAGUGGUGUCAUGUAUACUAGAGUUCAAAAAGGAGAGCAAGUGAAAAAGGCGGGUGGUGCUGCCAUGAUUUUGAUGAACAUAAAAGUUCGUGGUUACACAACAUUUGCAGAUGUUCAUGUCCUUCCUGCAACGCUUAUCAGUUACAAUGAUGGACAAAAGAUCUUAAACUAUACAAAAUCAACAUCAGCACCAGUUGCAACAAUAUCAUUCAAGGGAACGAGAAUUGGAGACAAGAACGCGCCAACAGUUGCUUUCUUCUCUUCUAGGGGACCAUCAAUGAUAAGUCAGGGCAUAUUAAAGCCUGAUAUUAUUGGCCCUGGUAUGAAUAUUCUUGCAGCGUGGCCAACUUCUGUGGGCCAGAAAACAUCUUCUAAGUCGACUUUUAACAUCAUUUCUGGAACGUCGAUGUCUUGUCCUCACCUUGCUGGAGUAGCAGCAUUGUUAAAGAGUGCACAUCCCGAUUGGUCUCCAGCUGCAAUUAAGUCUGCAAUCAUGACGACUGCUGAUUUCAUUAACCUUGCGAAUAAUCCAAUUCCGGAUGAAACACUUAACCCUGCUGAUUUGUUCUCAAUUGGAUCAGGGCACGUGAACCCAUCAAAGGCAAAUGAUCCCGGACUUGUUUAUGACACCCGGCCUGAAGACUAUGUGCCUUACUUAUGUGGCUUAAACUACACCGAUGACCAAGUUAGUGCUAUUGUGAGAAGGAAUGUGCGUUGCACAUCAAGCAUAGCUGAAGCAGAGUUGAACUAUCCUUCAUUUGCCAUUAAUCUUGGAUCUACUGCUCAAACGUAUACGAGGACUGUGACUAAUGUUGGUGAGGCUAAUUCGACUUACACGGUUGAAGUAUUUGGAGUUAAAGGUGUCAAGUUGAGCAUUAAGCCUACCACCUUGAAAUUCUCAGCUUCGAACCAGAAAUUGUCCUAUAAAGUUACAUUUAAGCGUUCAGUUUCUGCAGAUUCUUCCCAAGGAUACAUAAAAUGGUCUUCAACCAAGUAUUCAGUUAGGAGUCCAGUAGCAGUUUUCAGAUUAGAGUAGUAUAUCAGUGGUGAAUUCCCCCGUCGUUUUCGACAUAAACUCUUGGAAGUUAUGUGGAAUUUUUCUUCUUCUUUUGGGAGAUUAGGGAGGGGGAAAUGGAGUUAUUACAAUGAUUGUUAUAAAUUAUUCAAUAGAAUGAGUUUAUUUCGUU